AUGGCAGUCUCACAAGCAGCAGGAUUCAACCUUAGCAACCCCGCUAAGGAUGCCGAGAAGUACACCAACCUAUCAGGUGAGAAGAUAAAGGCACUGGUCUGGAAUGGCAAGAAUAGCGUCAAGGUGGUUGAGACGUUCAAGCCCGCGAAGGUCGAGGACACAGACGUUAUUAUAAAGGUCAUAGGCUCAAUAGUCUGCGGCUCAGAUCUUCAUCUGUACUAUAGUGUUGUCGUCGAACUACAGAAAGGCGACAUUCUUGGUCAUGAAUUCUGCGAUGUCGUUGACAGCCUGAAGCACGAGCGUGCUGCACGCCCUAUUAUUCGCAUCGCCUGGGUACCCACACGUACCUGGGGCCGCUACCUUAUUAAAUGCCACUCGCAGAUCGUGGGUCCACGGGUGGCGGUUCAGGUCCACCGCCCAUAUCUCCACGCUCAAUGCUACAUUGGUUGGGCAUCGCCGCCCAGGACGCUCCUGCUGCGUGCCAUUGUUGAGAGAGGGGUCUGGUGA